CGUCGCCCGCAGUGGAAAACCCUCCACAUUGGUUUGCUUUAGGCCUAACGAGAAAGCGAUAGUGAGAGAGAGAGAGAGGAGGGAAAGGCGGUGGGAUUUUUUGGAGAUGGAUUUAAGCGUGGUGCUGUACGGGGAGACGGGGAGAAGUAAAGUGGAUCGGGGAAGAGAGCCGAGGGCGGCGGAUCUCGGCGCCAGCGGCGGCGGUGGCGGGGAGAAGUAUAGAGAGUGUAUGAGGAACCACGCUGCGGCGAUCGGCGGCCAGGCGUAUGACGGGUGCGGGGAGUUCAUGCCCGGAGGGGAGGAGGGGACUCUAGAGGCGCUAAAAUGCGCUGCGUGCGGCUGCCACCGGAACUUCCACCGGCGGGCUGGCUUCUCCUCUGGGGACCCUUGCGGCCCGCUCCUCCUCAAGGCGGCUCCGCCGCCGUCCGGGUUCCCUGUCUUCCUCCCGCCACCGCCGCACCCGAUGCCGCUGCCCUUCCACGCGAUCCGUCCUCCCCCGCCGCCGCCGCCGCCGCAGCCUACGGCCUGUCAGGUAGAUCGGAGCAGAGUCGGGUCGGAGACGCCGCCCCGGCCGGAGGAGGCGGCGGCGGCGUCAGAGGGGCCGCGCGGAGCUGCUCGGAAGCGGUAUCGGACCAAAUUCACCCAAGAACAGAAGGAGAAGAUGCAAGCGUUCGCGGAGAAGCUGGGGUGGCGGAUCCAGAAGCACGACGUCGUCGCACUUGAGGAGUUCUGCGUCGAGGUCGGCGUAAAGCGUCACGUGCUCAAGGUGUGGAUGCACAACAACAAGAAUCACCUCUCCUCCUCCUCCUCCUCCUCCUCCGUCGCCGUCGCCGUCUCCGCCGCCGCCGCUCCCAAACCCGACGCCACGUCCGCCCCUCCCAUCCGCGUCUAAUCCCACUCUCCGCCCACGAUAAUUAAAAUAAUGUCGUAUCGUCGAACAAUAAUAACGACUCUUGUUUCAUUUUCCCUCGGUUUUCUUUUUCUUUUCCUGAAAAAAAGAGCCGGAGAGAUUAGGGGGAUUUAUUUUAUAAUAUAUUAGACGAGCAUAGGGACUGACAACCUCCGGGAGGAGCUGUAUAUUUUGGGUCAUUCCAUCCGGAUUUUCUUAUAAUAUUAAUCACGAGAAUCCCUUCCUCCGCUCCUAGUUAGUUCUCCCAAGUCAGGUGAUUAAUAUUUUUGAGAUUGUUAUGAUAUUUAUUUGUUUGUUAUGACGAUGUUAAAAUCUAAUUUGAGGAAUGUGUUGGAGUUAGCGACCAGCAUGGGUGCGGUGCCAUGUUUCCUCGUCCGUGACUCCGGUGUCGCCGGAUCUUUGCACCGAGAUACUGUCGAUCUAGUAGGGUCUGACGGCGACGGGGAAGGGCAUGGACGGGGAAACGCGUUUCGUUAGGGCGUGAGGGAGGGGAAACGGGGUUGGAGGGUUUGUUUGCCCGGGUUCGCGGCCCCGUCUGUUUGGGCCCUUGGGUACAGUCGUACAGUCGUAGCAAGCUGGGAAGCGGUCGUGGAGCGUGACAAGGACGCAAGCUACGAGUCUUACACCAGGUUCAAAAUUAGAGGCUGUUGCAUUUAUGGCUUGGUUCAGAAUAAAUUUCAAAUUCAGAACCCAGCUAGCCAUCAUUUGAACGCAGUUGUUUGAUUUCUUUUACUCAUUUCUGUUAACCUUAUUGGAUCGUCUGAUUGAAAUUAGUUCCUCAAUCUCUAAUCUUAGAUUUGGUCGAGCCCCGAAUUGAGUGCCGAACAUGGGCUAGAAAGUUUUCAUGCAGCUUGAAUUAAUUGCCAUCGUUUUUUCGUAUCGUAAAUCAGUUCUCCAUGGUUUCGUUGGGCUUGAGAGAAGAAUUCGGGGUCUCUUCCAUAUGAUGAUGAUGGGGAAAGCAGGAAUUGAGAUAGAUAUGUGCACUGCAUACAGCAUGAUUUGGGAAUUGGUUGACUCGGUGCCUCGUUACGCCAUGCAAACAUUAGCCUGCCUGAUGAUUAGAUGCUAAAAGAAAUUGAAAUGGCAAAGAUCUCUUGAGUGUCACAAAAUAUUGCUGUAACAGAGAUGUGAUACUGUUCUAACGGAAUUUUGCAUCAAUUGCCAGAUCCUUGGACCCCAUGGUCGUCGAUACUUUAACUCGUCCCACCAAUGCGCGACAUCUCAGAUAUGGCAACCCUAAAUAGUUUGGGGACAAGUAGAGCAGUUGCAUGGACGUGAGCUUCUUAACCAGACAACUCUCCAUGAUUAGAAUACCAUUAAUGAGCCACACUGGCUGAACAAGCUUGCAUUUCUAACUACACCCCUGGUCUGCAACUACUAAUCAAAAGAGAGCUAUCAGCUUCCGUCCCACUGAAAAGAGAGUCCCAACAUUUUUUUUAGCUCAGUAAUCAAAUGACAGGAAACCUAAAUUCCAGAGCAUUUCUCAAAUGCAAGGCUUCUGCCCUGAAACUUCCUCCCCAUCUAAUCAAAAUACAUACAAACGCUUGGUACACUGAAACGCAACAAUCACGCGGAUGCAGGUGCCGCAGUCUGACUUGUUAAAUAAAACACCUUGUGGCAGGAAUAAGAAUAUCAUGGAAGUGACCUAUAACAAAUUCAAGGGAAUAAAGGAUUAGAGCAGCUUAUAGCGCUGUUGGCCAUGCUAAUGGGCCAAAUUCUCAUCCAGAUCUAACCCCCUCCCUUGCACCCAUGCAUCUCAUCCCUUCAUGUUCCUGAAUAAAAAUCCUUUUAACUCCUACGAAUCCAUAAAACUGCGUACAUAUCUGUGAUGCUGGCUGCAAAUUCUCAUUAGGAGUACAAUCAAGAUCAGAUAAAGGUAUUUUUGGUAAAUAAAAACACAGAAUGAGAUACCAGCAGAAACCUCAUAUGCCCAAAAGAAGUCAAAUGUUAUUCCAGAUCUCCACCAGCUGAUGCAAUAAAAUCUAGCAAGCUCUGAUGUGUUAAAUAUAAAAA